AUGCACUUAUUUGCCCUUCGUAAAGGUGGCAUUCGAGCAAACAGAACGGGGCUCGGCGGCCGUAAAAUAAUGGGUCUAUUUGUUGAGAAAGUGUACGCCAACAGUCCGGCCGGCAACUGCAGCCUGAUCAGCAAAGGCGAUCAAAUUCUGAAGGUCAAUGACGAAGAUAUUUGCAUUCUGUCGCAUGCUGAGGCCGUUACUCUCAUCAAUUCAGCUGGCCCAGAAAUUCUAUUGUCGAUCAGGUCACUGAAUGAGGCAAAGCUGGUAAGUCUAGAUAUUUGUUUGCUUAAAAGAGAAACAUUUGAUGAGAUGGUCACCAACAAAAGGAAUGUUGUAGUCAAACAAAUCUGA